AAUUUUUAGUGACACAGCCCGCCGCCAGCAAUUUGCGACUCGGACAAUGGAGCUUGUGAUCGGGUGCGUUGGGAAGCCCUCUGCGGGUAAGUCCACGUUCUUCAAUGCCGUCACGGAUGGCAAAGCGAAAGUGGGCAACUUCCCGUUUACAACCAUCGAGCCCAACGAAGGAAUCACGUACUACACGACGGAGUGUCCAUGCAAGUCGCGCGGCAAGAUCGACUUGUGCAAGCCUCGGUACGGACAAUGCGUGGGUGGAACGCGCCACAUUCCCGUGAAGCUAUUGGACGUGGCAGGAUUGAUUCCUGGUGCGUCGGAGGGUGCAGGUCUCGGGAACAAGUUCCUGGACGACCUGCGGCACGCGCACGUGUUGAUGCACAUCGUGGACGUGAGCGGCACGACCAACGAGAAGGGUGAGUCUACAAUCGGCUACAACCCGCUGAACGACGCUGACUGGCUCACUAUGGAAAUCCACAACUGGGUGUUCAACAACUUGUGGAAGCGGUGGGGUUCCAUUUCAAGGCGGCACUCCGCGACCCAAAGCACCCUUCGCGCGACGUUCCAGGGUCAGUUGAGCGGGUAUGGCGCAUCGGUGGCGACGAUUCUCGCGAUGCUCAACAGCAUGGGGGACGCGGCCAAGGAACCAUGUGUGCUCACGACAUGGGGGGAGCCAGAAGUGCAUGCUCUGGUCGAUGCGUUCCUCGCGCAGCGGUUUCCCACGAUUUUAGUGCUCAACAAAGCAGAUAUUGGCAACGACACGGACAAGAACAUCGAGCGCAUUGUCGACAAGUACGGCGGCGACCGAUGCUUUGUCGCGAGUGCUGCGUCUGAAGUGUUUCUUCGCAACAUGCACUCAAAGCGUCACAUCCAUUACGAACCCGGGGACAUGGUGUACACGACCAGCGCCGACGACGCGACGCUGGCGCCAUUGAUGCCGAAAAUGGCGGCGCGGCUCGACCAAGUGAGCGACAUGGUGCUCUUCCGCUACGGCAGCACCGGCGUUCGCGCCGCCAUCAACGCCGCCGUGGCCCUCAGCAACAUGGUGGUCGUGUACCCUGUCAAGUCACUCAAGAACUUUACCACGGUCGAAGGCGAUGUGUUUGGGCAUGCUGUGCUCGUCAGACCAGGGACGACGGUGCGCGAAGUCGCGUACGUGCUGUCGCCCGUGGUCGGCGCAAACUACCUCUACGCAGAGGGCGAAGAUGGACGGCGGCUGUCGGAAGACGAUGCCGUGUCCAUGAACCUCAUUGUGAAAUUCACCACCGUCGCGUCCAAGGAAGCGAGCGGCAGUGCACCCGCUUCGGCCGCACCAGAGGACAAGAAACCAAAGAAAAAGGUAGACCAAGACUGAUGACGAUUUUCUGGCGGUGAACAAGGGCGUGGGUGUUAUAACUCUAACACGAAGAAUAUAGACACAAAUAACAGUGCGAAACAAAUGUACACACGUUAUAUACAUGGUGGCCUCAUUGGCAAUUGGAAGGUCAGCGACAUACUAUACCACCACGAGAUCCUGCACAGGACUUCCCGCGUACGGGACGUACUUGACUUCCUUGGGAGGACACACGUCGAACUGGUGCUCGUUGUCUUUGAUCCACGCGGCGUCGGGGUUGAUGCCAGAAAAUUCGCGGAACUGCUCCAUCGUUCGCUUCGUGCCAAUGGUAAACUUGUCCAGGUCCGUCUUGUCGUAGUCGUCGGACGACGGCACCAAGCCCAACGCCGCUCGAAUGCGCCGCUGAGACUUCUUGGCGAUCACCGUCCGUGCCGCCCAGUCUUCGUCCCACAUCCCAUUGCGCUUUUCGUACCAAUGGUAGUUCAACAUGUGCGUGGGGAUGUACGUGUCGUAACCAAACGUAAACAGCCGGGCCACGCGAGAGUACUCUUCGCCGUGAAAGAGGUAGGCGGCGUACGGAUCGUUGCGGACCUCCACGGCCGACUCUGCCGACCCAAAGUUGAACCCACCAGCGAAUUGAGACAUGAGCGUCGGCUUGGCAGGAGACGGGAGGCGGACGGCGGAACUGUACUGCACCAUCGAGUCCGGCUGGUCAUUUUCGAUGCGAGCGUGGCACAUCAAGAUGACACCGGUGGGUUUUUCUCCGGCUGGGGGCAUGUUCUCAGUCGCAUCAGGGUACACCGUGAUGAUGGCCUUUGGGUUGCCAAUCGUGUCCCACUGACCGAGCAGAUCCGUGUCCCAAUGCGGAAUGAAGAUCAAAUGCGAGUCGAUGGCCAUGGCAAAGGUGUCGAUGGUCAGGUCCACGCCUUCUUCUGUUUGAUAUCGACCGUACGUAGGCCCCUUGGCAUCCUUGUAGCUCACAGUGUCAUUACGCCGGAGCCGUUCUGACCGGUGGCAGUUGGCUUCUCCCACAAGGUCACAGUACGCGUCAAAGCAUCGUUUCUCGCCUGCGUCCAGGUUGAGCUGGUCGAAGAUACUCACGGCAAUCAGCUCGGGGCGAUCUGCCCUCGAGAAGAUCGAGUCCACCGUUUCACUGCACCGUUUCGUGUCGCGAUAGUUUGCUAUGAGCACAAUAGUGUGGCGGUUCACAGAGUCGCGCGUGCGUGAAAUGGUCGGCUUUACGACGGCGGCUGGCGCUUCCACUUCCAGCACGGGCUCCUGGACGGGGCUGCCUUGGUAAGGAACGUACUGCAAGACACGAGGCGGGCACACAUCGAACUGGGUGUUGUUGUCCUUGAUCCAUUUCGCCAAGGGGUCGAUGCCAGAGAACGCCUUGAAUUGGUCCAUCGAUCGCUUCGUGCCAAUGGAAAAUUGAGCCAAGUCAGUCUUGUCAUAAUCGUCCGAUGUGGUGGGGAGCCCCAACGCUGCACGAACUCGACGCUGGGACCUUCUUGAGAUCACGGCCUUGGCAUCCCAGCCUUCGUCCCACAUCACUUUGCGCUGUUCGUACCAAUGGUAGUUCACCAUGUGCGUGGGAAUGUACGUGUCGUAGCCGUGCGUAAACAGUCGCGCCACACGCGAGUACUCUUCACCGUGGAACAAGUAGGGCGUGUAUGGGUCAUUGCGGACUUCCAGCGCCGACUCGACCGUUCCAAAAUUGAAUCCCCCAGCAAAUUGGGACAUGAGCUGCGGCUUCGGAGGGCUUGGGAUCCGGAUGGCGUUGGUGUAUUGCACCAUGGAGUCGUCACGAUCGUUUUCAAUGCGAGCAUGACACAUCAAGAUGACUUCGCUGGGGAUGUGGCCAUCUUUUGGAUACAUGUUGGUCGAGUCGGGGUACACGGUGAUGAUCCCCUUGGGGUUGUUGAUAGAAUCCCAUUGCGCGACGAGGUCCGUGUCCCAGUUUGGAAUGAAAAUCAGGUGCGAGUCAAUCGCCAUGGCAAACGUAUCGAUCGUGGGGUCGAUGCCUUUUUCCGUUUGGUACCGACCAUACGUUGGUCCGUUGGCGUCCUUGAAACUGAUGGCGUCGCUUCGACGGAGGCGUUCGGCGCGGUGGCAGUUGGCGUCGCCCACCAGUUUGCAAUACUCGUCAAAGCAGGGCAACUCGUUGGCGUCCAAAUCAAUUUGGUCAAAGAUGCUCACGGCAAUGAGAUCGGGGCGAGAUGCGUUGUUGUAAAGUGAUUGAAUGCUUUCCCCACAACGUUUC